CAGGCUGUGGAGAAGGCGCUGGCGGCCCCGGGUGUGCGGGACACGGUGCCGGGGCGACGGGACCUGCCUCGGACCGGACGGCACACGGGCUGUGGAAAGUAGAGGCCUCUGAUCAGAUGCAAACAGAAUCUUUACCUUCAUGUCCCAACACUGUGUCACCGGUGAGGUUAAAUAAUCUGAUCGGUUCUCCAAGGUUUGGAACAGUUACUCCAAAUCGUGUCUUUGUUGGAGGAAUUGAUUUUAAGACUAAUGAAAAUGACCUGAAGAAGUUUUUUGCUCAGUAUGGCAGUGUGACAGAAGUGAAGAUAAUAAAUGACAGAGCUGGAGUAUCAAAGGGGUAUGGCUUUGUUACAUUUGAAACCCAAGAAGAGGCACAGAAGAUUUUACAAGAUGCUAAAAAGCUCAACUAUAAGGAUAAGAAAUUGAAUAUUGGACCAGCAAUAAGAAAACAAGUGCGGAGUCCUAAUGCUCGUUCUGCUGUGACACCACAAGCUGGUACCAUGUACACAACUACUGCUGUAUCACCAGAAGCUGGUACAAUGUACUUGACCACUUCAAGUGGAUAUCCAUAUGUUUACCAUAAUGGAGUGGCUUAUUUUCAUACAUCUGAAGUCUCUCCUGUUCAGCAGCCAUGGCCAUCUCGCUCUGUUUCCAGUUCACCUGUGAUGGUUGCUCCACCUGUUUAUCAGUCUCCUACGUACCAUUAUCAGGCACCAACACAGUGUCUUUCAAGUCAGUGGCAGUGGUCUGUUCCACAGUCUCCUACCUCUUCACCUCCACUCCUGUAUCUGCAACCAUCUGAAGUCUUUUAUCAGCCAAUAGGAAUUAACCAGGAAGGUGGAUGUAUAUCUCCACCUCUCCUAAUGGAAGCUGCAGUUCCUGAGCUGUAUUCUGAUCAUGGAGUUCAAACACUGCAUCACCAGCCCUAUGUCCAGAGUCACAUAGCCAUGCCUGCAGCUUCCUUCCUGUGUGGCUGAGAUCCAUCAUCACCAUAACAGCUAGCAGCUGCCAGUUGUGGCAUUUGGGGAAUUGAGGUCACAUUCUGUGAGAAGAAAUGUUCUGCAUCAUUCAUCUGUGAGUCUGAAACCUCAGUGUGCAUGAAGUCAUCAGUUUCAUCCUAGAAAAGAUUACAGAAUGGAAGAUAAAACUUUACACUGCCUUCUACAGAUGUAAAACACUGGGGUUUUUAGAUAUGUAUUUUGCUAAAAUACCUGUCACAGGGAGGAGGGUAUGUUAUUCCUAACUUCUGACAUUUCCUUGCAGGUUCCCCAGUUAAAAUACCACUACUUUUUGUCAAGAAAUAGCUUGAAAUUUUGUAGUUUGGUCAGGUAAAAACACAUGAAAUAAUAAUUUUGUUUCUGCACUUCUUUUUUUGAUAAAAACCCUGUUUCAGGACAGGAGAGUGAUUUCUGAAACACAGACUGCUGUAUGUAUUCCAGUUACUAACCCAGACUGAAAACCAGCAUACAUCUACAAAAGAGAUAAUGUCACCUUUUAAUUUCUGGGUUACAUAAACUUAGUGAUACAUUAGUUAUGAAGUUGAAGCCCAUUUGCCACAUACAGCAUUUUUGUACUGUGGAUAAAAUCUAGUUAUUUAAAUCUAUGUGAAUUUCAUUUCCAUUCCAAAAUUAUUUGUCUAGCUUAAUUUUUCUUGCUAUCAGUAUUCUCUACUUUUAUAAGGUGUUUUACUUGUGUGUCAUUUUAGUGUUUGGAGUAAUAACUUUUUAAAAUAAAAUUUGGACCCCUAGUUGAAUAAUGAUUUGUUCACAUUCUAAUAAUUUUCUUGCAUAUGCAUUUGGUUUUAUGGUAUGUUUUUAGCUAUAGAAAAAGGAAUGAAUUGGCUACUUGAAUUAGAAAAAGCAAUGGAAAUUUCUUUGCUUCUUUGGGUUUUCUGUUGUCUGUAUGAAAAUAAGGAACUCCCUGGAAGUAUCACAAAUUGAGAUGAAGGACUACUUUUUUCCUUGAUUUCAGGAAAAUAAUUUUGGUUUUUGGUCAUGGUGUGUUGUUAGUUUAGUUUUUGUUUUUGCUUCUCCCCUCACCUCCUAGGGUUCCUUCUAUUCAUUACAAAAUCAGAUUCCCCAAAGGUUGAAAAUGCAGCCUCUGUAUUUACAGGAUUGCAAGGUAUGGCUUAUUGCUUCUGUAGCACUGAAGCCUUUAUUUUUGCUAUCUAAAAUAUCCUUGAGUUAUUCAACUUUACCUGUUUUGUAGUAAUUUGGGGGUUUUCUUUUUGUGUGGAUUUGUCUUGUUGGUACUUUCUUCCUUUUAAUCAUUCAGAGGUCUUGCCAAACAGACACUGUAGUCAGUGAAUAAUCCAUGUAUGAUAUGUAAAUGUCUUUAAAGAUUUCUUCUGCUGUUCAGUCAUACUUUAUGGUGUUCUUCAGGAAGAGAGUUGGAGUCCAGUUCUGGUUUUAUGCUGUUUGAAAUUGUUAGGAAAGGAGAUGCCAUGUGUUAGGUCUUUGUUGCCAGUUUCCUCAAGUGACUUUGCACCUUCUGCUAGGUAGAAAAAUGUACACAAAUAUAUUUUUAAUAGUUUCACUUUUUAACAAUUUAUUGCUGUAGCAGGUGUAGUAGAUUGUUUUACCAGUAAGUAUCAAAAGAAGUAUACCCUUGUUUUGGAGACAUGUAGAGCUCAGCCUGUUUUUGAAGGGGAAAGUAUUAAUUUGUUUUAGGUUCUCAUGUUUCUGAGCAAGUCUGUACCACUAAACACAUCUGUCCAGUUCUGUUUAAUUUUCACAUUUUAGAUCUCAUUGAUACAAAUUUAUCACAAAAAUCUUGGCUCAUCAAAGCCAAUUCAUUUCCAUGAAAGAAUUUUUACAUAGUAAAUGUUUUUUAAUUAAGUUUAGUCUCUGAAGGUACCAAAGAAAGAUUAUGUUCUGUUGGAGCCUUACUUCUUGUGUCAGGAAACACACAUUUGAGCCAGGAUUCUGGAGAUUUAGUCCUAAGCCUGUAUUUUUUAAAUCUGCACUUUGUUUACAAAUGUGAUUUGCCUGUUUUUAAUUGUGCUUCAGAGAUUCAAGGAGUAAAUUUUACAGUGAGUGCUAAUUUAAAAGAAGAGUGCUUAGAGGGAAGUCUCUUGAACUAAUUGCCUGAAAGUGUACAAAUACUGUGCAGUCACAUGUCAUCAGAUUGUGGCUCUACUCCAGACAGCCACAAAAUGUAGUUUAUUUUCUCUUGAUUGGUGCAGAUGUUAGAUUGUUGAUAAUGAGUUAAUCCCAUGGCCUUUGCUUCAGAGAUCACUCACUUUCUUUUUACUUGCAUGUGAACUUGAUUGUUUGUGAGGAUACUCAGUGUCAGGCACUUAACUGUCCCUGCAGUGUUCCCCUGUGGGGUGUGUAACAUCAGUCUGGAGGCACUGUUAGUUAGGAUUGUAUCUUCAGGUCUUAACAAAGCUUUGUUUUGGUUUGAGAGACUGAGAAGAAACCAAGUAGCUCUGAAUAUUGGUUUUCCUCCAGAAGCUGGCAGUCACUGUUGAAAUACUGAGGCCUUUUCAUUUAUAGUGUACUCAUCUUUGUUCAGAGUGCUUGCCAAGAGUGAUGGCAUGACAUCAGACAGCAGUGACUGAACCAACCUUCCAGGAGCUGAAUCUCCCUGUAGGCACUGUUGAGAUGGAACAGACUUAGCUGUGUGAAUCCCUGGAGUUGAAUUAAAUGUGUACUGGGGAAGAACUACAUUUCCUCAGUGCCUACAGUUGUGCUUUUUUGAUGUUCUAGCAUUCAUGACUUCUUGUUCCUUUACACUGCAGUCCUAUUCUGCUAGUUCAGCUUUCUGGAAUGUGGAGAUUCCCAUACUGUUAAACAGAAGUAGUUUAGUUAACUGUAGGUCCUCAGAUGAGGAUUUUGGGGGUUGGAGAAAGUUUUCUUGAUCUUCUGCAGUUUCCCACUGAUAAUAGUGAGGCUCCACACUCAUGCUAGGAGGGAAUGUAUCCCCAUGUGCCCUGUGGGCAUGCAGUAAUUGAUAGCAAAUCACCUUUAUGCAUUGGCUCUCACAUUCCCAUAUUAGCAAACGAAGUUAAUUUUCUGGCUCCCACCCCUUAGAAUUUAGGAGAACUGAUUGGUAUCUUCUACUGAGAACUAGUUGUUCUUUUUACUAAGCUAGCUGUUACAGUAUUUCUAGCAACUGCUGUCUGCUUAUGUUACAUUUCCUUUGUGGAAGGUUUGUUCUAGCAUUCUGUGUUUUAUUAACACUGGAUAAAAACUUGGACAGGCAGAAAGUUACUGCAAUUGUCUCUCAGGUAUUUUUGUAUAUCUGUUUGGCUAUUUUUUCUUGUAAAAUGUAGAAUUCUCUGGUUUGUUAGCAUUUUUGGUUCCUGCUUCAAAUCCUAGGCAACAGAAAUCUAUUUAUUGGUCCUGAAAACCUGUUCACAGUUUUCAUUUUAAAUUGGCAUUUCUUUAUAUUCGGAUACUCAUUUUCCAAAAUAGCUAAUAAGUCAUUGAGUAAACUGCAUUCCAGUAGUAACUAGCAGAACACAUGGCUCUCUUGAAAUGUUCUUCUCUGUUUAACAUAGUUAUAAAAUGUGAAAAGUUGUGUUGUAUAGCUGCAAAAUACUUCUUUUUCUUUUGUAAAAUAGGUUUGUGCCUUUGUAAUGUUGAAGUACUAUAGUAGGUUCACUUCACCUGCUAUAAAAACUUCCUAAGUUUCCUAUUGAAAUUUAAAAAAAAGUCAUCUUUAGUCCUUAUUUUAAGGAUCCAGGAUAGAUGCCAUGUGUGCAGUCCUGCACACUAAUCUUUAUAUAGCUGUUAUACAGAAAAUCCAGGUGUAGCCCAUGCAGGUUCUUUCUAGAAUCCAUGGGUUUAGUUGGUGGCUAACUUAUGGCUCUAGUGUUUGAUACUGUAUUGAGAUACAGAUGAUACACUUGCUACUGCCUUGAUAAGUGAGAUGCUGUGAAUGCACAGAGAGAAAAAUGUAAUAAAUUUGCAGAUCUCAUUUUAGAGAACUGUUAACAAUUUUAGAAAUCAAAAGCUCUUUCUAUUGAAAUUGCUUGUAAUACAGCAAUAAUAAACAAGCUUCUGUAGUUUUGGAUUUCUAGUGAAGUUCUGAGUUGGUAGCUACAAGUUUCAUUCCAGCUGGUCUAUAUUUACUGUUUGGAUUGUAACUUUUGUUUAUUGUAGUAUCAGAGUUUUAAUAUGGCUUUAAAACAACAUGAGAAAAUGAAAUUUAACUUUGAUCAUUAAACUAUGUUUUAAUGACUGCAAAAGCAAA